AUGGCUUAGUCGCUCUUCUGCGCCAGCACCUCGUAUCAGUCGACUUGCAGACUUUCGCGUGCGCGGUGGUGCGAACUAACUCUACCAUAUCGGUAUAUCUAUAUAGAGGGUACGAGUAUAUAUAUGUAUAUAUAUAACAAUCAUAUAGAAAAGAGCAAACAGAUCGAGAAAUUCGCUGGGAUUAGGGCGCGACUUGUUGACAGUUUGCAGUCAUGUGAAAUGGUUCAAUUAGUGCAACAACAAUACAAGAUACAAAGAAACCGUGUUUGAUUUACAUAAUUAACAAGUGGAGUGCCAACGUUGGUGGAGAGUUUUUCGAAAAAAAAAAAAGAAAAAAAAUCCCCCCGCAUAUAGAACAAGCUGAACGAGAAUCCGAAAUAUAUUCCAACGAUAACGGCACAGAUCGUCGGGACCGCAACGGGACGACCAAAAGGCUCAUUAAGUUUACAUGCAUUGAAUUGCAUAACUAGCGGGCAGAAGAUGAAGAUGAUGAUGCUCCACUUACGUCACUGGCCACUCGUGUUGGCCGUGGCUUCCUGCCUGCUUCUCACAGCAACAUCAACAACAACAACAACAACGACAACAACAACACCAGCGACAUCAACAACAUCAACAGCAACAUCAUCUUUAUCCUCCAUUCCGGGCAAAUAUCAAGCCUUGGGUGCAGCCCACCAUCAGGCAAAGAAGCUAAAAAUCGGAGCCGUCAACGCUUCCUCCUCCUCGGAUGCCGAUGUCCAUAAACCUGUAUUCCGGCAAAAUCCGAUCAAGAAUUGGUUCGGUGCCUUCAAUCGCAAUAAUUCGCCGGCAGCUCAGAACCAAACAUCGCCGACAUGUUCCUGCAGAUGCGGAGAACGCAAUGAUGAGUCGAGAAUUGUGGGUGGAACAACGACGGGCGUUAGCGAGUACCCAUGGAUGGCGCGGCUGAGCUACUUCAAUAGGUUCUACUGUGGCGGUACCUUGAUCAACGAUCGCUACGUGCUGACGGCAGCUCACUGCGUUAAGGGUUUCAUGUGGUUCAUGAUCAAGGUGACCUUCGGGGAGCACGAUCGUUGCAACGACAAGGAGCGCCCGGAAACGCGCUUUGUACUUCGCGCCUUUAGCCAGAAGUUCAGCUUCUCGAACUUCGACAAUGAUAUAGCCCUACUACGUCUAAAUGAUCGCGUGCCCAUUACCAGUUUUAUACGACCAAUCUGCUUGCCGCGAGUGGAGCAGCGUCAGGAUUUAUUUGUCGGCACAAAGGCUAUAGCCACCGGUUGGGGUACGCUCAAGGAGGAUGGAAAACCCUCUUGCCUGCUGCAGGAGGUAGAGGUUCCCGUUCUAGACAACGACGAAUGCGUGGCCCAGACUAACUACACCCAGAAAAUGAUCACCAAGAACAUGAUGUGCUCGGGCUAUCCGGGAGUUGGCGGUCGUGACAGUUGUCAGGGCGAUUCCGGCGGUCCGCUGGUGCGUCUCCGACCAGAUGACAAGCGCUUCGAGCAGAUUGGCAUUGUUUCCUGGGGUAAUGGUUGUGCUAGACCCAAUUAUCCGGGCGUGUACACCCGGGUAACGAAAUAUCUGGACUGGAUUGUGGAGAACUCGCGGGAUGGUUGCUUCUGCGACGAAGAUUACUAAUGUAAUACAAGAGAGUGCUCAAAGCGUUGGACAAUUCUUCGCCUUAGUUGUAGUGAAACCCUUAGUAGAUUAGCUCAUAUUUUGUACUUUUAUACUAAAUCAACUGAAUAAAGUUAAACAAUGCAGUAGGUUAGAUAUCCCAAAA